GCAAUUAAAAAGCAUAAAGGUAGAAUUGCACAACACAUGGACCUUGACUUGCUUUGAUGUUGACUGAUUAAGUCGUAAUAAAAUCCUGAACAACUGUCCGGAUGCCAUGAGGAAAUAGGAGGUAUUUAUGCAUUGCUUCCCACAAACAAUUAUUAACCUGGACUUUCUGAACUUUAUUAUAAAUUCAUAUCUUCCCGCUGUCAGUAAACAGUCAUUUCAAUAUAUCUAAGAAGAACCUUCCAAGCUGAAGGAUGGAGAGAUUCUCAGUGAUGAUGGUUGUGUGUUUGCUUGCUGGUCUAUCUGAGUGCAAGUCUGGAUGUAAGGACAAUCAGACCCAGAUCACAAUGCCAGACAUUGUGACAACAAACUCACCAGCAACCCAGCCGAGCGGUGAACCAACCAUCUACACAGUGCUGGAGGAGCUGGGGGCUCUGGAGAAAAAGCUUGCAACUACUGUGAGAGCUCUGGAGGAAACAAACAAAAAGCUGGAGGCCAGUGAGAAAAAACUGUCUGCGCUUGACAGCACGGUAACUGGACUAUGUUCAGUGAAUCAAGGACAGCCUCGGGUUGCAUUUUCUACUGCAGAACCAAUUGAAGAUGGCACCAUUGGUCCUCUAAAUGUUCCUUACUCUCUUGUGUACAGACAUGUUCUGUCCAACAUUGGAGGACAUUACAACCCAAUCACAGGUUAUUUUACAGCACCAGUGCAAGGAGUCUAUUAUUUCACCUUUUCUUCUUUGUACUGGGGUGGUGAUGGAACCACUGGUGGCAGUUUGUACCGAAAUAGUCAAAGACUGGUGUCAUGGUAUGGUCACGCUCCAAAUCACCCCCUCUCUGGAUCUAACAGCGCUAUCUUGCACCUACAAGUUGGAGACCAUGUCAACGUUCGUCUCUGGGAAAGUCAGAGGAUCAGUGAUAAUGGAAAUAAGUACUCUACAUUCAGUGGAUUUUUACUUUUCCCUGUGUGAAGUGUACGGAAAAUAUUGUGAUUUCAAACAAAUCAAACUUUUAAUAAAGGUCAAAAGAUUACAAAAUAUUGUGUGACUUUCUGCAGCUGUAAACACUUCAUGUUCUAUUUGUCAGUUAAAUUUGGGAAUGCAAUUCUGUUUCAUUUAUUCUUAUUUAAGGAAAUGUGUAACAUUUCGGGGAUUAAUUAGCAGAAAUUGACUCAGUUGGAUGCAAUCUGCAACCACAUCACUAGA